GAGGAGGAGGAGGAAGAUGGCGGCGCUUGGCCCCCUCGGCGGAGGAAGCGGCGGAGCGCAGCUCUUCGCCGGGACCCCCCUCUACGAGACGUAUUACAAGCAGGUGGACCCAGCCUGCACGGGCCGGAUCGGGGCCAGCGAGGCCGCCCUCUUCCUCAAGAAAUCGGGGCUGGCCGACGUCAUUCUGGGGAAGAUCUGGGAUAUGGCCGAUCCGGAGGGUAAAGGCUUCUUGGACAAACAGGGCUUCUUCGUGGCGCUGCGGCUGGUGGCCUGCGCGCAGAACGGGCACGACAUCGCCCUCGCCAACCUGACCUUGGCACUGCCUCCGCCAAAAUUCCCCGACAGCACUAGCCCCCUGCUGAUCUCCUCCUCCUCCUCCUUGGACGCUCACUGGGCCGUCAGGAUGGAGGAAAAGGCCAAGUUCGACGGCAUCUUCGAGAGUCUCCUGCCCGUCAACGGCUUGCUCUCGGGGGACAAAGUGAAGCCGGUUCUCCUGAACUCCAAGCUGCCUCUCGAUAUCCUGGGAAGGGUCUGGGAUCUCAGCGACAUCGACAAGGACGGCCACCUCGACCGAGACGAGUUUGCGGUGGCGAUGCACUUGGUCUACCGUGCGCUGGAGAAGGAGCCCGUGCCGCCCGCCUUGCCCCCGCCCCUCGUGCCGCCCUCCAAGCGGAAGAAGGCGCCCUCCCUCCCCGGGGCCGUGCCCGUCCUGCCGGCCAGCCCCCCGCCCAAGGACAGCCUGCGCUCCACCCCCUCGCACGGCAGCGUCACCAGCCUCAACAGCGCCGGCAGCCUCUCGCCCAAGCACAGCCUCAAGCAAGUGCAGCAGCCGCCCACGUCCUGGGUGGUCCCCCUGACGGACAAGCUCCGCUACGACGAGAUCUUUCUGAAGACAGACCUGGAUUUGGACGGCUUCGUCAGCGGCCUGGAAGUCAAGGACAUCUUCAUGCAUUCGGGGCUGUCGCAGAACCUCCUGGCACACAUCUGGGCCUUGGCGGACAUAAGGCAGAUGGGGAAACUGAACAAGGACCAGUUCGCGCUGGCCAUGCACCUCAUCCAGCAGAAAGUCAGCAAGGGCAUUGACCCUCCGCAGGUCCUGCUGCCGGACAUGAUCCCCCCAUCAGAGAGGACCACACCUGCCCAGACUCUCCCCGGUUACUUGGCUUCCGUGGGAACCGAGGUCUCGACGCUGGUGGAAAUGCGUCGUGACAGCUGCAGUUCCGUCGGGUCCGGGGGCGAAUUCAGCGGCAUGAAGGAGCUGGACGACAUCGGCCAAGAGAUCGCCCAGUUGCAGAGAGAGAAGUAUUCCCUCGAGCAAGAGAUCCGAGAGAGGGAAGGAGCGAUUCGGCAGAAGACCAACGAAGUGCAGGAGCUGCAGAACGACCUGGACCGGGAGACCAGCAGCCUGCAGGAGCUGGAGGCCCAGAAGCAGGAGGCUCAAGGCCGCCUGGACGAGAUGGAGCAGCAGAAAGCCAAACUCAAGGACAUGCUGAGCGACGUCCGGCAGAAGUGCCAGGAGGAGACCCACGUGAUCUCGUCGCUGAAGAUGCAGAUCCAGUCCCAGGAGUCGGACCUGCGAUCCCAGGAGGACGACAUCAGCCGGGCCAAGUCCGAGCUCAGCCGGCUGCAACAGGAGGAGUCCCAGCUGGAGCAGAGCAUCCAGGCCGGAAAAGUCCAGCUGGAAACCAUCAUCAAGUCGCUGAAGUCCACCCAGGAGGAAAUCAACCAGGCGAGGAGCAAACUGUCCCGCUUGCAGGAGAGCCACCAGGAAGCCCACCGCGGCAUCGACCAGUACAACGAAGCAUUGAACGGGGUGCUUGGCGGCAGCAUGACCAACCUGGCGGAUCUGAACGAGGGGAACCCCCAGAAGGACCGGGGCGGCAGGUUCGGGACCCUGGACGACCCUUUCAAGAACAAGGCCCUCCUGUUCAGCGGCCACACGCAGGAGCUUCCCGCGGACCCUUUCCAGGCGGAAGACCCCUUCAGGACGGACCCUUUCAAGGGCGCGGACCCUUUCAGAGGCAGUGACCCCUUUCUGAACGACCCCUUUGCGGAGCAGGCCCCCGUGGUGGUGGCGGCGGCGGUGGCAGAUCCCUUCGGAGGAGAUCCGUUUAAGGAAAGCGAUCCCUUCCGCGCCGCAGCGGCGCCCGAGGAUUUCUUCAAGAAGCCCGAGAAGAGCGAUCCGUUCACCGCGGACCCCUUCUCCAAAAACCCCACGCUGCCCUCCAAGGCAAACUUAUUUGAAAACAGCGACCCCUUCCAGACUCCGAGUGUCGUCGCCACCGCUCUGAAAGGGCCAGAUCCUUUUGGGACACUAGAUCCCUUUGGGAGCAGCAGCUUCAACAGCGGCGGGGCCGGCAGCGAAGGCUUCGCCGAUUUCAGCCGGAUGUCGAAGCCUCCGGCUUCUGACCCGUUCUCCGCCUCCUCUUUCGGGGGCUUCCCGGACGACCCCUUUAAGAGCAAACUAGACACCCCCGCCCUCCCUCCGAAGAAGGGCAUGCCUCCGAGGCCCAAACCGCCCAGUGGUAAAUCUCCUCCUGUCAUCCAUGUCGGCUCUUCCGAUUUUGACAAGCCCCCCGACCCGUUCCGGCCGUUCGGGGCCGACACCAGCGACCCGUUUCAGAGUAGAAAGGGGUUUGGGGACCUUUUUAGGGGGAGAGGCCGCUUUUCUCCCCCCUCGGCAGGCAAGGCUCCCAAGGACCCUCCUUCCACGGGAUUUGCUGACUUCAGCUCUCUUGGCAAUGAGGAGCAGCAGCUCGCCUGGGCGAAGCGAGAGAGCGAGAAGGCGGAGGAGGAGCGCCUGGCACGGCUCAGGAGGCAGGAGCAGGAGGACCUCGAGCUGGCGAUUGCCCUCAGCAAAGCGGACAUGCCCGCCUCCUAGGGGGCUCUCCGGGGGGGGGGAGACACACUCCCUCUCCCCCCAUUCUGCCGCUCCCUAGACCACCACCCACCAACCCGGUUUCCGUUCGACGAAGUGAACCGCCUCCUUCUUGAGACCGCAUUUGGCUCGGGGAGCCCCACUCUGCGGAAAAGGACACAGAACUCGCACGGGGUCCCCGUCUCCUUACACGGAUGGACAGGUGGGGAGGGGACCGCCCCCCCCCCAAUCCCAGAGAAGAAGCUGCUCCUCACCCCCAGGUGAACUCAGCCUGCCGUUCCCCCUCUUCCAUUCAUUUUUUUUGCCAAGGGGGCACCCCUCUGCCAUCGGAAAAGGCCCACUUCCUCGCUCCGGACCUCUUGCUCUUUGAAACCUCCCUUGGGGGGGCCUGGGUCUUGCUCAGCUGUGCCAGCCUUGGGUGGGCAUAGG